AUGAUACCUCUUCUCUCCCUCCACCCUCCGCCGGCUCCUUCGAUCUUCCUAUUCUCUCCGUCCCCAUCAUCCUUCUUCCCUCCUCCCCCUCGCUUCAAGUCCUCCCCUCCCCUUCUCCACCACUUCGCCGUCCACUCCACACCGACCAUCUCCUCCGCUCAGUACUCAGCCGACCAGCCCGCGCAGCCGAGGACGCUUUUUCCCGGCGGCUACAAGCGUCCCGAAAUCAAGGUCCCGAACAUCGUGCUCCAGCUCCGGCCUGAGGAGGUUUUGAGCGGCGGAGACGAUGCGCUGGAUCUGAUUGACAGGGCGGUGUCGCGCUGGGUGGGGAUCGUCGUGCUCGACGGCGAAGGGAGCGGGAAGGCGCUCUACGAGGCGGCGUGUCUGUUGAAAUCAGUCGUCAGGGAUCGUGCCUACUUGUUGAUUGCCGAGCGAGUUGACAUUGCUUCCGCUGUUAAUGCUAGCGGCGUCGUCGUCUCCGAUCAAGGUCUCCCGGCAAUUGUUGCAAGAAGCAUGAUGAUAGAUUCCAAGUCCGAAUCAGUACUUCUCCCCCUGGUUGCGAAGAUUGUUCAAACUCCAAAGUCUGCUGUUGAAGCAGCCAGUUCCGAAGGGGCUGAUUUCCUCAUUUUGUCACCUAGUAAUGAGGAGACUUUCGAUCCACAAUUCAACUCCGGGUUCCAGAGCGUGAAGAUUCCCAUCUUUGUCGGUUAUGGGAAGGCCGGCUCACAAUUCGUCAACUCUGUUCCCAGUGGUUAUGUUAUGUCAUUGGAAGAUUUGAGGCUGGUCAGUGAUGAUUCUUUGAGCCAGUUGUUUCAACCUGAGCAGAAAGCUCAGAGUGAAUUCGAACAGCCCAGUAGACGAGAUACGAGGUUGGGUGAUGUUAAUGGGAAAGAUACUGUGGCAGGGUUCGUUAGACUGGAGGAUAAAGAAAAACAGCUCAUAGCAAAAGAGAAAUCUUUGUUGCUUGAAGCUAUCGACAUAAUCAAGAAAGCUGUCCCUAUGAUGGAGGAAAUCUCGCUUCUGGCUGAUGCAGUUUCUCAAAUUGAUGAGCCAUUUUUACUGGCUAUAGUGGGUGAAUUUAACUCUGGUAAAUCAAGUGUGAUUAAUGCUCUCCUUGGGGAAAGAUACCUCAGAGAAGGCGUUGUCCCUACAACCAAUGAGAUUACAUUCUUGCGCUAUUCUGCGGAUGAUGCUCCAGAGCAACAGCGAUGUGAACGACAUCCAGAUGGCCAAUUUGUUUGCUAUCUUCCAGCUCCAAUUCUUAGAGAAAUGAAUAUUGUUGACACCCCAGGAACCAAUGUUAUUCUCCAACGACAACAACGCCUCACAGAGGAAUUUGUACCUCGGGCGGAUUUGCUUCUUUUUGUAAUUUCUGCUGACCGGCCAUUAACUGAAAGUGAGGUAACUUUUCUACGUUAUACCCAGCAGUGGAGAAAGAAGAUAGUGUUUGUGUUAAACAAGUCUGAUCUAUACCGGAAUGACAGUGAGCUUGAAGAGGCUUUGUCAUUCAUCAAGGAGAAUACAAGGAAGCUGUUGAAUUCAGAAAGUGUGACUGUCUACCCUGUCUCUGCUCGGUUUGCACUUGAAGCAAAAUUGGCAUCUUCAGAUCUCCACAGUGCCCACACAGGUUCUCACUGGAGAAUCGAAAAGUUCUAUGAGCUUGAGAAGUUCUUGUAUAGCUUUUUAGAUGGCACGACAAGGACUGGAAUCGAAAGAAUGAGGCUCAAACUCGAAACUCCAAUACGAAUUGCUGAGCGUUUGCUCUCCAGUUGUGAUUCUCUUAUAAAACAAGACUGCAGAUUUGCCAAGCAGGAUGUAGCAUAUGCAGCUGAACUAGUCGACAGUCUGGAAGAUUACACAGCAAGGGUUGAAAAUGAGAGCCUCUCUUGGAGAAGAAAAGCUCUGUCUUUGAUUGAAGCAACAAAAAUCCGUGUUGUGGAUCUGAUAGACUCAACACUGCAGUUAUCAAAUCUUGAUCUGGUUGCCUCAUAUGUAUUCAAGGAGAAGUCUGUGACGCCAUCCACUUUGAAGAUUCAAAAUGAGAUACUAUCUCCAGCACUUUCGGAUGCUCAAAAACUUCUUGAAGAAUAUCUGACAUGGUUAAAUUCAAACAAUUCCCGUGAAGCAAAACUGUAUAGAGAAUCUUUUGAUAACAGGUGGCCGUUGAUUAUUGACCGGAACACUGAGAUGCAGUUGGAUGCCUUGGAGUCGCUGAAGAAAGUCGACAACUCCAGCUUGAAAGUACUAGAAGACGUGACUGUUGUUCAAGCUUCCAAGUUAUUCAAACAAGAAAUACGCGAAUCGUUCUUGGGCACGUUUGGUGGUAUUGGAGCUGCUGGCUUGCUGGCCUCUCUUUUGACAUCAGUGCUACCCACUACUUUGGAAGAUCUUCUUGCUCUUGGCUUUUGUUCUGCAGGAGGAUACAUUGCGAUUCUGAACUUUCCUGCGCGAAGAAGGGCGAUGAUUGAUAAGGUGAACAAGAUUGCGGAUGGCUUAGCACUUGAAGUAGAAGAAGCAAUGCAGAAGGAUCUGUCAAAAACUGUGAAAAGUCUAGAGAAUUUUGUGAAGACCAUAGGCAAGCCUUACCAAGAUGCAGCACAAGAAAGGCUAGACAAGGUUCUAGCGUUGCAAAGUGAAAUAUCCAGUGUAGAGAACAAGAUGAGAACAUUGCAAGUAGAGAUCCAAAAUCUUCAUGUAUUGUGA